AUGCCUCGCACUUUCUUCGUCGGCGGUAACUUCAAGAUGAACGGUGUUGCCAAGAGCAUCACCGACAUCGUCAAGAACCUCAACGAGGCCAAGCUCGAUGCCUCUACUGAGGUUGUCAUCUCUCCUCCCGCCCUCUACCUCACCCUCACCCGCGAGCUGGCCAACAAGCAGAUCGGUGUUGCUGCCCAGAACGUCUUCGACAAGCCCAACGGUGCUUUCACUGGUGAGAUCAGUGUCGAGCAGCUGAAGGACACCAGCAUCGACUGGGUUGUCAUCGGCCACAGCGAGCGCCGUGUCAUCCUGAAGGAGUCCGACGAGUUCAUUGCCCGCAAGACCAAGUCCGCCAUCGACGGUGGUCUCUCUGUUAUCUUCUGCAUUGGUGAGACUCUUGAGGAGCGUGAGGCCAACAAGACCAUUGAGGUCGUCACUCGUCAACUCAACGCUGCUGCUAAGGAGCUGAGCAAGGAGCAGUGGGCUAAGGUUGUCAUCGCCUACGAGCCCGUCUGGGCCAUUGGUACCGGCAAGGUCGCUACCACCGAGCAGGCCCAGGCGGUCCACGCCGAGAUCCGCAAGUGGCUCGGUGCUACCAUCUCUAAGGAGGCCCAGGACUCCGUCCGUAUCAUCUACGGUGGCUCCGUCAGCGAGAAGAACUGCCGCGAGCUCGCUACCCAGCCCGAUGUUGACGGUUUCCUUGUUGGCGGUGCUAGCUUGAAGCCUGCUUUCGUCGACAUCAUCAACGCCCGCAUUUAA